AUGCCCUCAUACUUAAUCACUGGUGCGAGUCGUGGUCUUGGACUUGGCUUUACCGCCGAGCUCCUCAAAGACAAUAACAACACUGUUGUGGCGACUGCCAGGAAUACUGCAGGCUCGUCGGGUCUGCAAGAGCUGAAGGCUCAAGACAAAGACGGCCGCCUCCUGCUAAUCGAUCUCGACGUUACCAAGCCUGAGAGCAUUAGUGCAGCCGUUAAGAAGACAGCUGAGUUGCUUCCUAGUGGGCUGGAUAAUCUCAUUAGCAAUGCUGGUGUGAGCUACAAUGCGCUGAAAAACUUUGAGGAGCUGGAUAUGACAGAGCUCACAGCUGAGCUAGACUUUACAGUGACCGCACCGAUUCAGGUCAUCCGGGAAUUCCUCCCCCUCAUUCGGAAGAGUGAAGCCAAGAGGAUUUUGGUUGUCACGUCAGGCCUAGGUUCAAUUCAGAACGCCGUUUUCCUCCCCAACCUGGCGAAUGGCUAUUCCAUUGCCAGGGCUGCGUUGAACAUGGUGGUUCGAAAAUGGUCCCCUCUCUUGAAGCCCGAGGGUGUCACUAUUGCUCUACUUCACCCAGGCUGGGUUAGCGUUACUGAGAUUGGCGACGGUAUCUCCGAGUGGAUGGCGAAAUACAACCCGACCAUGGAGAAUCUCACUGUUGAGGCAUCAGCCGCCAACUCUAUGAAAGUGCUGAACGGGUUGACGAUCGAGGGAUCUGGGGAGUUCUUCAAUCAUGAUGGCACGAAGUAUCCUCUUUAA